UACAGUUGGAUUUAUAGUGGGAGUGUCUGACCUGCCUUAUAAAAACUAAUGCAUUCAUGCUUCAGUUCAGGGGAAGUGUAACCGUAGCACAAGAAGCUGUUGAAACACUUGCAAGAUGUUGAGGACUACUCUGUGGUUGUUAGUGGGAGUGUUUGUGUGGGGGUUUGCAUCCUGCAUCACAUGUCCUGACGGGAACCACUGCAGUGAUAACGCCACCUGCUGUAUGACUGUGCAUGGAUAUAGCUGCUGCCCAUAUCCCAAUGCUGUGUGUUGCGCUGACCUGGCCAACUGCUGCCCUUCAGGGUUUCGCUGUAACCUGGUCACUCACAUGUGUGAGAAAACACCAUGGAUGAGAAUCCCCAUGGUGAAGAAGGAAGCUGCAGAGAAACCAAGCACUCCUGUUCGACCUGCAUCUCCCAUCCAGGAACUCCAAAACAAUGCUGUACCAGAGCAAACGAAGAGUUCAGAUGUCUACUGUGACAACUAUUUCAGGUGUCCCAAUGGCUAUACCUGCUGCAGACACCCAACAGGAGCCUGGUUCUGUUGCGGGUACUCUGUUGGCUGGUGUUGUCUGGACGGCUACCACUGUUGUCCAUACGGCUACAACUGUGACCUCACAUAUACACACUGUGUGAGGCAAGGCCUGAGCUAUCCCUUCAGCCCCAGAGAAAGUCUCACCUCAAUCCCUGCCUCUCCCAUUUCAACUUCAGAGGACAAAAGCAUCAUACAAGAGACACCAAUGACGGUUCUGACAGAAACCAAGGAUGGUAGCCCUGAGGCUGGAGUCAUUCGCUGUAAUGACAAGUUGUACUGCUCACCAGGGACAUCUUGCUGCAAAGACACCAAAGGCAAUUGGAGCUGCUGUCCCUUCCCACUGGGCAUGUGUUGUAAAGAUGGUAAGCACUGCUGCGAGUAUGGCUUUUCGUGCUCCUCCACCUCCCUGUCAUGUGAAAGAGGGUACGCUCACAUGCCAUCAGGACCCCGGGAACAUGCCAAAUCAACCGAGGACAUGUUGUAAAAGUGUGUGCACUGUGAUAGCUUUGGGAUUGUCUUGAUAUAUAGUUCUGGCCAAAUCAAACAAUGAAUCAUAAGACCUAUGCAAAUGAAGUAAAUAAUGUGCUUACAUCCUCAAAAGAUGACUUGGUGGCUGUUUUUCUUUUCGCAAGGGAUGGCAUAUUUUCAAUAUCCAGUUUAUCGAGACUUCUUGCAAAAGUUUGUAUUCAUUGCAGUGGUGUAGUAGGUCUAUUGAGGAUUUUUUAUCUGAAGAUGUCAAUUGAGAAAUAGAUCAUCACAGAUGAUUUAAUGCCAAUCUCAUUUUUUUUAUUGAUCACUUUUUUAUGUAACAGAAAAUAUAACAUUUUAUAAACUUAUUUUAAUACGAA